AUGAAGCUUCGUCAUCAAUACGAGCCUAUCUAUUUCCGCUAUGAUCCUCUAACCGGACACACCUUCUACAUUCUGCCGAAGUCCAAAGGUGAUUUACGCGAUCUCAUUUACGCAAUUAGUGAGAGAUUCAAGGGAUCCUCCCAAAAAAGCCCAUGCGUUGAGGAGCAGCUAGGUAUCUCCAAGCACGGAGAGCCCUUACACCCUCUAAUCCUUCACUCCGUGGUCAUUUUCUAUGUCCUUUCGUCCCGAAACACCGAGCUGAACAAUCUGAUCAAAUGGUUGCUAUGGAUCGAGACCCAACUCCACCGAGGAUCAAUUUUUGAAGUGACGGGUUCGGAUCGGUUCUUAAGGUAUAUUCAGCUGCUACAGAAGAUGUCGCGGAACUUGAUAACCUUAGAGCACAACAAUCAACGCGACGCAUCUAACAUUGGCCGCCUUCUCCGAGAUCACGAGCGCCUUGGACAAUUGGCCGAGCUUCAUGGAACAGAUCUUGACCGCACAACGCAUCAGAGGGUCCGUGACGACCUGCUUAUGCUCCACAACUUGUGCGAUGACCGCCACUCCCAGAUCAUGAAUUUGCAAAGAAGAACCAGCAAUUUCGUUACGCUUUUGUACAAUCUCAUCACGGGCCAUGAUAGCACAAUCAAUCUAAAGAUUGCCACGGAAAGUGCGAACAUUGCCCGAGAUGCACGCAAAGACAGCGUAUCUAUGAAGAUCAUCGCAGGGAUGACACUGCUCUAUCUCCCGGCCACGUUUGUAUGUAGUCUUUUUGGAACCAAUCUGAUCGCUUUGGAUACUUCGACCGAUAAUAGUGAGCCUUUGUUUGUUGUCUCUCGUCUCUGGUGGCUUUACCUGGCAUUCGCAGUACCUCUCACAGUUUUUACGAUGGUCGGAUUUCUGCUGUGGCGACGGUUUCGCAAACAGGACUCUGGAAAAAGGGCGAAUGGACUGGGCGUCUCAUAA